AUUACAAGCCAUUGAGGCUGUAAAGUAUAUGAAUGAGAAGUUUUUUGAGGAUGAGUCUAAGAAGAGGCCUCUGAUAGAAGAAAAUCCUAUAUUUUUACAAGUAUCUCUUAAAAAGAUUCCUUCAAGUAAAUUGAUAAAAAUCAUCAAAGCGCCUCUUCCUAAUUCAUUAGUUGGAGAUACUUCAGAUGUCUGCCUCAUCACUGGUGAUCUAGAUAAAAACGAUCGUAAAGCAGAAAUAGAGCCUACUGUUUUACACUACAAAGAUCUUUUAAUGCAGCAUGGUGUAAAGGAAAAUGUAGAGGUGAUUCCAUUGCGACAGCUCCGAACAGAAUAUAAAGCAUAUGAAGCCAAACGACAGUUAGUAGCUGCAUAUGAUGUGUUUUUAGCUGAUAAUAAAAUUGCAGGUGUCUUACCUAAGUUGCUGGGGAAAUUCUUUUUUAGGAAACGCAAGUUUCCUAUCCAAAUUGAUAUGGAGUCUUCCAAUAUAAAAGGCCUUAUACAGAAAGCCAGCUCAAGUACUGUGUUUUUUUUCUCCAACCGUGGCAACAGUUGUACGGCUGAAAUAGGAAAUUUAGACAUGACUGUUGAAGAAGUAAAGCAAAAUAUAUUAGCAGCAGUCAAAGUUCUUAGUGAGAGGGUACCUGGAGCUUAUGACAACAUUAUGGGAAUACAUGUGAAAACUUUAAAAUCAAAAGCAGUUCCCAUUUAUAUGUCAUAUGGUAGUCCUAAUGAAGUGAAAUUUGAAAAUUUUAAGGUAAAAGAAUUAGUUGAAGCUGAAGAGUUAAGCACUUUGCCAAACAAAAAAGUAAAAGUAUUUAGAGAUGGUAAAAUAAUAGUUAAAAAUUGUAAAAAUGAAAGUGAAUCAGAAGACAAUUCUGAUGUAAAUGAUGAAGAUUCCUGUCCAGAAUCAGCUGACAACGAUGAAAAGGCAGCAAUUCUGGACUCUGAUGAAAAGUCUGAAAAUUCAAAUACUGUAAAAGUCAGUAAUUCCAAAGGUAAGAAGUCACUGAAAAGGAAAAGGAUUUCAAAGAAAAUUGUUAAAAAUAAUACAAGUGAAGAAAAUAACUAUCCUAAAGAAGAAACUAGAAGUGAUGACAAUGUUGUAAGAGUCGCUAAUUCCAAAGGUAAAAAGUCACUGAAAAGGACUUCAAAGAAAAUCAUUAAACAAAUUACAAGUGAAGAAAAUAAAUAUCCUAAAGAAGAAACUAGAAGUGAUGAUAAUGCUGUAAAAGUUGCUAAUUCCAAAGGUAAAAAGUCACUGAAAAAAACUUCAAAGAAAAUCGUUAACCAGAAUACAAGUGAAGAAAAUAAAUAUCCUAAAGAAACUAAAAGUGAUGACAUCAAUGAUAUUAAAGAAUGUAAGUCUAUUCAAGAAAAUAAUUAUAAUCAAAAGCUUAAGAAAUAUAGGAAGAACUGUAAAAUUACAGGACUUGAGAAAGAGAUUAAUACAGAGAAAGAAAAAAGCUCACAAAAAGAAACUGUAAUAGAUAAUUUUGCUGCUGAAGAAACAAAAUUAAAAGGAAACAAGUUGAUUGAGAAACAAAAUAAAAGACAACCGGAGAAAGAAAUUACAAAAGGAAAUAGACCUCUGGAAGAUGUAAAUCUAUCUAUAAAGCAAUCUAAGAUAAAUGAGGGAAUAGACAAAUCUCCUAAGAAAGCAAUUACUGGUAAAAGAGAGUAUCUAAAAAGGAGACAAUUUUAUAAGUUAAAGAAGAGACUGAAGUUGGCUGAAGAGUUGAAGAAAAAACAGAAAGAGUCCGAAUCACCUAAGAACAGAAGUGGAAGAAAGAAGAAGCCUGUAAUGCAUAAUGUUUUAACUGAUGUAAUAUAAUGAUUGUAUAUUAUGAAUAUUUCAAUAAAUGUAUGUUUUGAA